AUUUAUGUUUAGUAAAAUAAAAAAAGAAUAUAUAUAUAUAUAUAAUAAUGAUUUAUAAAGUUUACUUUUUUAUCUACCAGAGUACUACAUAGAUGCACUAGAGUUCUGUAAUAUUCAAUCCAUAGUCCAUUCUAUGUAUCGAUGCAAUACUCUUUGGAAAUGACAGAUAUUUUCUCUUUGUUAUUACUAGUAUCAAGUUGAUAGAAGUACAAGUCGUUUCUUCUGAGAACAGUUAAUCAUUUCCAUAUAUAGAAAAUUAGGGCACAUUAAGGCUUCAAAAAUCAUUUAUCAUGGUCCGUGUAAUAAGUCAAGAAACUUAUGAUGAAGCUGUUAAUGAAAAUAUUGAAGUAUUUUCUAUGUCACCCGAAGAAGCUAUUCAAGAAACUGUAAAACAAUUUGAAUCACAGGGUGUGGAUUUAAGCAAUGUUAUUAAAGAUUUAAUAAUAACACAGGACCAUGAUUUAAUAUUGACUUACCUAGAACAACUCAGAACAGCUAUGACAAAAAAACAUUAUGAAAGAAUUCCUCAGAUUCUUGAUAAGCUUACUAUUGAAUUGGACAAGGAUAUUGCUCGUAGAGUGUAUGCUGGAAAACAAGGAUGUUAUGGUGUUUUACUUAACAUUAUGAAAAAUUGUGAAUAUGAUACAUUGAUACUUAGAUCUACUCUUAAAACAAUUACCUCGUUAAUGACCGGUAAUCCAGAUUUAUUGGAUGACAAAGGUGUUUCUAUUCAAAUGGAAAUCUUGGAUAAGCAGAGGGACAAAUUGGUAUUGCAAUGUUUGUUACGUUGGAUAAGAGAAUGUUGUAUAAAACACGAAGCUAAUAGACAAAACAUAUUCAACGCACAUAUCUUUAAGAGACUUAAGAAAAUAUUAACUCGAGAUGAUGCAACAGCAUCCGAAGUACGAGAUGCAUGUUCUGUACUUAGAGCACUUGUAUUAGACGAUGAUAUAAGACACGAAUAUGGAAAAGCACACGAACAUGCAACGGUUAUUGCAAGGGGUGCAUUGGAUGUACUUACUGGAUUAUUGUCCAAAUUCAAAAACGAGAAAGCUGUAAUGGGUGACAUUAUGAUCACGCUUGCAUCAUUGAUCGUAAGAAAUGAAUUCUGUCAGGACGUUACGGAUGCUGGUGGUUUAAAAUUUGUAUUAGAUGUUAUCAUUAAUUAUCCUGAUUCAGAGAAAUUAAAUUGGCAAGCAUUGAAAUUAUUAAAAGCUCUCGCUGGUAAUGAUAAUGUUAAAUCGCAAAUAGUUAUGGCAGGAAGUGCACCUUUGAUUGUUUCUGUGAUCAGUAGGUUUAAGAAAUCUGAAUCAAUUGUUUCCGCUGGACUCGCAUGCAUCUCUGCAUUAACAUUAAGAAGUUCAUCCAAUGCAGGAGUAUUUUACGAUUGUGGAUCAGUGAGCAUAAUUAUUGAUGCUAUGAAAAGCUAUCCUAAAAGUAUUAACGUUUUGAAACAAGCAGCUUGGACAAUAAGAAAUAUGUCUGUAAGAAACAAAAUGGAAUGCCACGAAUUUAUUGGUUACGGUGUUGAAGAUAUAUUAAAAAGUGCUCUUACGAUGCAUGGGCCUAAAUUAGAAAAUGAUAUUAAAGCUGCCUUAAGAGAUUUAGGAUUAAAGGUUGAAUUAAAAGAAAGGUGGACUGGCAAGGGUGCCAAGUUGAAUAGCGAAGCAGAUAAACAACCUGUAUAUGAAUGAAAAAAAUGAUCUUAGAAGAGAUUUUGAAAAAGGUUGUAAUAACAAUUUAACAUUUGAAAUUAUUAUGUUCGUUAAAACUUAAUAUUUACUAACAAUAGUAUAUUUAAUAUGACUGACUCAGAAACUUGAAUAUUUUGCAUUUACGCAAUUUUUAUGUCGAUACUAUCAUUUGUAUAUUUUCUUAUUUUAACAUAUCCUUUUUAACUACACUUGUAUAUUAUAUUAAUAAAUAAU